AUGGACCCUAUAUCUUUAUCAGGAUUCAGUUUCGGUGCCAUCUCGCUCACGUUCCAGCUCUUCUCAGGCUGCAUUAAAGCCUACAAUCUCCUGUCCGAUGCAGAAGGCAUGCCAUCUCAGUUCCAUUAUCUUCGCGUCCGCCUGAAAAUAGAGCAACAUCGACUGUUGAACUGGGCCGACAUUGCCAACCUUACCGAGCAAAAUGAAACCUCUUGCGCAACACUGCGGUUGAAUGAAGCCUUCGUGCAGGAGGUCCUGGCUGAGCAAGAGGCUGUCCUCAAUUGUUUCUGGAAGAUUGGCGACUCGUACCAAUCUUUAGUAGGUGACAGUUAUAACGGCUUUUUCUACGGUACGGCAGAGAGAUCCGAAUUCCGAGAUCGGUACCCUAGAAGCUUGCUCGAAAUCAAAGCCCUCAGUUGCGUGGAGAAGAUUCGACGUUAUCCAGUGCGCAUUCGGUGGGCGAUGUUUGAUCGUGAGCGAUUGGAGACCUCGUUAGCGCGUCUCGGUGUACUUAAUGAUGCCAUGAAGGGCAUGCUCGACUCGCAACAGCAGUUCACUCUCCAGCAAGCACAAACCCGCAUGUCUAUAGAGGUCUUGCAGCUGAACAACAAGAUCGAUCACCUGCUCCAGAUAUUCCACGCCGGUGCUAUGCAACACUCGAUAGCGCAAAACUCGGAGUCUCAGCGAGAGAGAGAAGUCCUAGGGACGCUGGCGCGCUUCAAGGCGCUGAAAAUAGAGAUUGAUUCGAAUAUCAGCGCCGGAUCUAUCGAAGCGGGUCCUUUGGCCGCCGAAUCUUGCACCAUCUUCCGCUCCUCCCCAACAACCUACAUGACGACGGAGAUAGAGCGCUCAGGCGGUCUGUAUGAAGGCAAUCCGGUUUGGAUUGAAUGGAAAUACUACGAUCCAAAUUUAAAAUCUGGCCACCCCGACCCUCUGAUCCAGACACGAAUCUCUAAGCUAUCUGCCCUUCUCAGUAGCGCCCAAAAGCCCGCGCUGUUUCACACACCCGCCUGCAUUGGCUACUUCAAUGACGCACCACUCAACCGCUUCGGGCUGGUCUUCCAUCACCCAAUUGGUCUCAAAUCAGCCUACGCUCCAACAUCGCUCUUCGACCUCGUCCUUGACGACGAAAAGCCAUCCCUGUCAGCGCGUGUGCGCCUCGCACAUACCCUUGCCACGGCCGUACAACACCUCCAUUCUACUGACUGGCUCCACAAAAGCAUUCGCAGCCAAAACGUCAUCUUUUUCACAAAACCUGGCCGCGUAGAUCUCUCAACACCCUUCCUCUGCGGCUUCGGUCUCGCACGCCCAGUCCACAACACAGAGAUGACCGAGCGGCCUGACACCACCCCAUUAUAUAACCUGUACCGGCAUCCGCUGGUACAUAGCGACGUUGCAACAGAGGGUAUUGGGGGAUUUCAGAAAGCCUUUGACAUCUAUAGUCUAGGUAUUGUGUUCCUGGAGACGGCACUGUGGAUGCCGCUGCAUCGAGUAUUAGGGAUUGAGGACGAAAAUGUGCAGGCAUAUCUCCGGCCUGGGCUAACCAAGAAGGUACAGGCGAUGUUAUUGAGGGAGAACCGGUUUUUAGAUAUGGUGAGAGCUGCUGCGGGUGACAUUUUUGGGGAUGUGGUCAAACUUUGUUUGGAAGGUUUUGAGGAGGGCAAGACCGAAUGUAGCGAGAGGUUUUAUGAUGAGGUUGUCACGAGGUUGGAGAGAGUUUUGAUAUAG